AGCAGCACAACUACAGCCAGUAGCAAUAGCAGCAGCAGGAGCAGCAGCUAAGCAAAAGGACCUAAACUUGAAUUACCAACAAAUUCGGGUCUCGCAAAAUCAUAAAUAUAUAUUUAAUCAAUCGAAAAGAAAAUUGGAAGGCCAACAAAAUUGUGCCUUGACCAGAAAGUAUUGAAAAGUGCGUGCGUACGUCUCUUGUCUGUGUGUGUGCGCGCGUGUGUGUGUGUGUGUGUAUGUGCGUGUGAGUGUGUGUGUGUGUGUGCGAGUGUGCUGAGCACUUUUAGCUGCGCUUUUUUCCUGCAGUCGAAAACUGUGAUAGCAGCGUGAAACAGCGAAAAGCGCACAAAGCAGAACGCAAAACGCAAAACGUUGCAAAGUGGCGACAAAAGUGCGGCGAGCGAUGCAGGGAAAUGGAGCUGGAUAAGUGGAUAAAUAAAUGAAAUGGCGGCGUUACAUUGAAGUCACACAUUCGACGAGGGGAGUUGCAACAUUUUUGCCUGUUGGCCUGUCGCCACAGCACACAGAACGCCAUACAUACAUACAGGCAUACAGACACACAUACAUACAAACAAACACGCAACACAGACACACACACACACACACACACACACGCACUGACUACGCAAGCUAACAAACUCGGACGGCGAACGCAAAGUCGAUAACGCACGCAAAAGGAUACACACACACACACACACACACACACACACAUACAUACACACACAUUUUGGACAAAACAGCAUUUGAAGAGUGGAAGCGUCGCGUGGCGCGUUUAUAAAUAGCUCGCCGCAGCAGAAGCGCAGAGACCAGAAGACCAAAGUCGGAGUCAGUAGAGUGUCAGAGUGCCAGAGUCCGAGUCCGAGUCAGAGUCAGAGGCAGAGGCAGCGGGUGUGUACGAUGGUAACAAUGAAUUCAGAGGCGGACAAAACACAGAGCAGCACGCAAGCAGCAACAAAUGCGCUGGCCAUGAGCAGCGCACCCAAGACGCCAGUGGCGUCACCAACAUCUGUACCGCAAGCAGAAUCAACACAAGCAGACGCAGCAGCAACAGCAACCACAAUAACAACAACGGCAGCAGCAGCAGCAACGGAUAACAUCAGUCCAGCGACAACAUCAAUGCCAAUGCCAAUGUCAAUGCCAACAGCAGCAGUAGCAGCAGCAGCAGUCAAAGCCAAUACAGAUGAAGCUGCGAUUGCAACAGCAACUGCUGCUGCUGCUGCUGCUGCGUCUGCUGCUAUCCCUGCUGCUGCUGUGCCUGCUGAGUCAGAGCCUGGUCAAGUGGAUGUUAAUACUAAUGCAAGCAGUAGUUGCGAGAUUAUUAGCAGCACCAUCAGCAGCGUCACCACCGCAACCACCGCCACCUCAAUCAUAAUCACCAGCAGCGCCACCAUUAUCACUACCAAUGCCACUAUAACUGGCUACGGUGGCGGCAACAAUGCGAUUGCUGUCGACAACAAUAGCAAAACAACAACAACAACAGCAACAACAACAGUUGUGGCUGCAACGCCACCUGCGAGCAGCAAGACGGUCAGCAUUCGGGAUGCCACAGCACCCAGCGGCAGUGGGUCAUCAACGGCGUCCAAGUCAAGUGGCCUGCUUAGCGUGGGCAGCAAUCAUCAUCACCAUCAUCAUCAUUCAACCUCGCAGUCACAGUCCCAAUCGCAGUCGCAGUCGCCGUCGUCGUCGCAGUCGCCGCAGCAGCAGCCAACGGCAGCGGCGUCAGCGAUGCAGCAAUCGCAUCACUCGCAGCGGGGCAGCAAGAAUGAAGAUGCGCCCAAUAUACUUGUCUAUAAAAAGAUGGAGGCCAUCAUUGAGAAGAUGCAGGCGGAGUCGAGCGGAGUGGCUGUGCGCACGGUGAAGGCGUUUAUGAGCAAGGUGCCAUCGGUAUUUACGGGGGCUGAUUUGGUUGCCUGGAUACUGAAGAACUUCGAUGUGGAGGAUGUGACAGAGGCGCUUCACUUUGCGCAUUUGCUUAGCUCGCACGGCUACAUCUUUCCCAUUGAUGAUCAUGCGCUGACCGUAAAGAACGAUGGCACCUUCUACAGAUUUCAGACACCAUAUUUCUGGCCAUCGAACUGCUGGGAGCCGGAGAACACAGACUAUGCGGUUUAUCUGUGCAAGCGAACCAUGCAGAAUAAGACACGCUUGGAGCUGGCCGACUACGAGGCCGAGAAUCUGGCCAAGCUGCAGAAGAUGUUCUCGCGCAAAUGGGAGUUCAUCUUCAUGCAGGCCGAAUCGCAGAGUAAGGUGGCCAAGAAGCGGGACAAAUUGGAGCGCAAGGUGCUGGACUCGCAGGAGCGCGCCUUUUGGGACGUGCACCGGCCGAUGCCGGGCUGUGUCAAUACCACCGAGAUUGAUAUUAAGAAGGCCUAUCGACGCGGCGGCUCCAGUCACGGCACCGGCUCAUCUGGUGCCUCUGUGGCCAAGAAUCCCGUCGAGCAGCUGACGCGUAUAAUUGCACUGCGUAAGCAGAAGCUCGAGCGGCGCACAAUCAAAGUGUCCAAGGCAGCUGAGGCUUUGGUUGCCUACUACGAUCAGUAUAAUGAGUUCGAUUACUUUAUAACGUUGCCGGAGCUACCCAAUCCCUGGCAAACGGAUAGCACCGAAAUGUGGGAUACCGAGAAAAAUAGCAAAGAAGUUCCUGUGCGUCGGGUCAAGCGAUGGGCGUUCAGUCUGCGCGAGCUGCUCAACGAUGCCAUUGGGCGCGACCAGUUCACCAAGUUCUUGGAGAAGGAGUACAGCGGCGAGAAUCUCAAAUUCUGGGAAUCGGUGCAGGAGAUGAAGGCGCUGCCACAGUCCGAAAUCAAGGAGGCUAUACACCGAAUUUGGCAAGAGUUUCUCGCACCCGAUGCACCCUGUCCAGUGAACGUGGACUCAAAAUCUGUGGAGCUGGCACGCGAGGCUGUUAACUCGCCAAAUGGUCCAAAUCGCUGGUGCUUCGAUGUGGCUGCCUCGCACGUGUAUCAUCUGAUGAAGAGCGAUUCUUACUCGCGCUAUCUACGCUCCGACAUGUACAAGGACUAUGUGAACUGCUCGCGCAAGAAGAUCAAGUCCAUACCCAAUCUCUUUGGGGUGAAGCGUUGAGAAACGUUGAGAAACCCGAACUGCCUGUUCCGGCAUUCGGACGCAGUUCACAAUCGAGAUGAGCUGAUUUUGUGUACUGGGCCGGGUUCCGGUCCUUGUCCUGGUCCUGGGCCUGGUCCUAGUCCUGGUCCUGGACCUCGUCCCGGUCCCGGUGAUAGACAAUGCGUUGGAUGAAAUUGUGUGUGUUAGUACUAACUGUAGUGGUCGUAUUUGGACGCGUAUUUUGAUGUAUAUUUAACGUUGUUACCUAUUAAUAGUUAUUAAUUAAUACCUUGCCUCUUGCCACUAGGUCGCGUGUGUUCUUAACCUUGUUCUGUUAACCGUUAACCCAAUGUGACCCCGCAAACUAUUUGUACGUAGUUAGUCACCAACCCCCCUCCCCCUCUCCCGCCACCCCACUGUCGACGUCCAUUCCUGUUUCCUUGUAUCGUGUCCUGCGUUCCGAAAUUCUCGUAUUUAAAAACAAACUCAAUGCAAACGAAAAAAACACCAAUGAUAAAACUGCCAAGUGAUUCUCGAAAUAGGAAAGCAGCAGCAGAAGCAGCAGCAGCAGAGAAAGUAAGAGUAAAAUAUAUACAAAAAAAAAAGAAGAAAAAUCAAAUAAUAAUAAUAAUAAUGUAGCCGAGAUAAAUCGUUAUUCAAGAAAUACAAGAGCCAAACCAUGUUAUUAUCGAGCUGUAACCGCAAACACCAAAAAGCAACUUACUUAAGUGCAUAUACAAAAUAAUCUCUUAGGUAAUAGCAUAAAAAUAGUGCCACUAAAUGGAAUCCAAACACCAAAAAAGAAAAAUAACUAACUACUAAUGACAACAUAGUACAUAAACGAGUACUUAGCAUAAUUUACUUGUAUUCGCAUGUGUUACAAAAAAACUAUUCACACUACGAGCAGCGUAUGAGAAAUCUCAAAACUAAACGACAACAAUCGAAGCAAUAAAAUUCAAUUCAAUUCAUAGAACGAACACGCUACUCGUUACUUACUAUUCGCUACUUUUUACUUGCUACUUAUACUCGCUCUGUCUAAAGCCUCACUUACUUGCUAACAUACAUACAGCUCCUCUUACAAUUCGUUCCUUUUAAUACACACACACACACACAGAGACACACACAUUUUCACAUAUCCGCUAAG